CCUGAGGGGUGGCCCACUCGCCCCGCACGCGCCCCCGGCGUCUCCGCGGGGAGCCCCCAACCCGGGCCGGUGGAGGCGUCGGGGCCUCGGAGGUGUCGGAUUGACAGGUCAGAUUUCAUUUAAAGGAGGAAUUUCCCCAAUCCUCCGGAAGCCAGACCCUGCGCUGACCCCUGCAGCGAUACCAGCUUCCAAGGAGAAGUGGGGUUCCAUUGGUGCAAGCGAGGCUGGACAGUGGGAGAAAGAAGACACCGUCUCGUUAAAGCCCCGAACUUUCCUCCAGGUUCUCCUCCAGCUGAUUUUGGAUUUCCGCUGCUUUUGCAAGGCCUGUUGAUUUAGCAGAUCAGAGGCAGGCAACACCAUGUCCUAUUUCGAAGACGCUGACACAGAAGAGACUGUAACUUGUCUUCAGAUGACAGUUUACCAUCCUGGGCAUCAGAAGAGUGGAAUAUUCCAAUCAAUAAGAUUUUAUAACCGAGAGAAACUCCCCUCCAGUGAAGUGGUGAAAUUCGGCCGCAAUUCCAACAUUUGUCAUUAUACCUUUCAGGACAAGCAGGUUUCCCGGGUUCAGUUCUCUCUGCAGCUUUUCAAAAAGUUUGACAGCUCAGUUCUCUCUUUUGAAAUUAAAAACCUGAGCAAGAAGACCAGUCUGAUCGUGGACAACAAGGAGCUGGGCUACCUCAAUAAGAUGGACCUGCCGUACAGGUGCAUGGUCAGAUUUGGCGAGUACCAGUUCUUGAUAGAGAAGGAAGAUGGGGAAUCAUUGGAAUUUUUUGAGACUCAGUUUAUUUUGUCGCCAAGGUCACUGUCUCAAGAAAACGAAUGGCCACCACAGAUGCCCGUGCCUGAGUAUGGCAGUUAUUCAUCUUGUUCCACCCAAAAUACUUCUCCUAUAGAAAUAGAUGAGAAUGAAUUAUGAACUCAGGGGACUAAGAAUAAUGAAGGAUGAAGUUCUCUGCAGACACUAGACACGCCUCUAAUUGAGUUUCUUAGUACUGGUUAUAUUGUCAGACCUGGGUCUGGUGCUACCACUUUGAAGUCUCUUAGUGGUACCAGCCAUCAGCUUAGUCACCUGUUGCAUCCGUGGAUGUAUGAAAAACUAUUUUGUGUAAACAUGCGAGGGUUAAUGCACAAAAGACAUCCUCUGAGGUGAAGGAAUAGUGUUAUUUUUUUUUUUAUGCUUUUUUUAGUCCUGUUUUCAUCAGGAACCAUCUCUGAUCUGGUCACAUCAUUUCACAGCUGCCAUUUGUUUUCAGGGUCAAGAUCACAGCGUACUGUCAGUGUGUUAAGCUUGCAGUACCAGAGUGCUAGCUGCAGCAUGGCCUGUUUUGGAGUAGAGCAUGUGUAUCCUUGUGGUCUUAAUAUGGGAAGACUUUCUUGAGACAAUACCUUGCUUUUCUGAUAUUUUGUUCUACAGAAUGAUGAAAUGUUUAUUUCCAAGAGCAUAAUUCUCCUUGUAUACAUCCAGCAUCUAAAACCAUUAUUUUAAAGAAACACGUAUUGAGCUUAAAGUUUUUAUUUUUUAACCAAAAUUGUCUAUUUUUAUGUAUGUAUCUCACAAAUUUUAAUUCCAUGAAUUCAGAUUUUUAAGUGUCCAGAUAUAAAGUCAAAAUCUAAUUCUUUUCUAUUUGCUUUGAAAUGCUUUCUGAGGACCUGUUCUUAGAUGCAUAAAUACUUGUAAGACAGAUUUUAUGUUCAAAAUUGUUGCCCUCAUUUAAGAUUUACAUUUGGCUCACUCUCACCAGGUAAUUAGUGAGUGUUUAAUAAUAAUGGUAACCUGUUAUAUUCAGUUUUCUCCUACAUUAAGACGUCCAUUUUUUGAGAAAAAAAAAAAAAUUUCUGUAACAGCCUUUUUGUAAAUUCUGGCACCUCUUAUUAAGAGAUUGCUAAACCUUUAUUUUUGAUUCAGGCCAUUCGGUCCAGGUUUAACUCCUGGACUGUGGUAUGUGACACCAACAUUUACACCUUUACUCCCUUGCUCUAGGACUUCCAGGAUAUAGCGUUUGUGCCUAUAAAAAUGGCUGGACUGUCUCAUUUCCUAUGUCCGUUUCUAUUUUCCCCUACGUCCUCCCACAGUGGUCAGAGCCCACCCCAAAAUGUCCACCUGCUAAUCUCUAGAACCUCCAACUGCUCUUGUAAGGCAAAGGGGAAAGGUGGAGAAGGAAAGUAAGGUGGCUAAUCAGGAGACCUUCUAGUAGAGAUUAUCUUGGAUUAUCUGGGUGACCCAGUGAUCACAGUGGUCCUCAGAAGUAGAAGAGGCAGAACAGGAUGCCAGUGGUAAGCUGUGUGAGGACUCCACCAGCUGCUGGUGGCUGUGAAGAUCGAGGGUCCCUGCGCCAAGGAUGGGGGCGGGGGAGGAGCAGGGGGAGUGCAUCUUAAAGCUGGACGGGGAAGUCUCCAGAAAGGAACACUGCCCCAUGGAAACUGAGUUCAAUGAGCUCUGCCUUCAACCUGUAACCUAGAGAACUUCAUAGUAAAUUUGUGUUGUUGUAAACCACUCAACUGUAAAAAUGUGUUAGCACAGGAAACAGAAAACUAGUAUGUUCCUCUAACCUGAGGGCAUCAGCCUUUCUCACAACUGUCAAUGAAUUCUAUGUCCUUUAUUAUAUCCUCUUUUUGUGGGAUUGUAGCUUCCUGACUAAUGUAGGUUUACAAGUUAGAUCACCCAACUUGCUGGACUUGCUUAUAUAGUGCAAACAGGUUUGUGGUAAAGACUUAGGAGUAAAGUGUUUACACUCUUCUGUGCCCGUCCUGUCACAUUUUGACCACUUUGAAAGAUUCUGUUACCUGCUUGCUGUUUCUUGACUUUGAGACUGAUGGAUGAGUUGCUAAGUUACAAAGUUUAAAUAUGAAGGAAUUUAGGUAUCACUGUCAUUGAACCCAAACUGUUGGGUGACAUUUAUAUCACAUUUUCAAGUUUAGUUUUACUGCUUUACUGAUUUGUUACUCUUUUGUCUUCAUAGUAGAUUUAAUAAAAUAAUUUCUCAGUCA